CGGCACGCCAAACGACGACAACGUGUGCACGCUGCUGCUUCAGCUCCCAUCUCGAGAGACACUUUGCCGCAAACGCGAUCGCGAUCUCCGUUCAGUUUCGGUGUUGGUUUUGGUUUUGGUUUCAUUCCCGCAUUGCCAGCGCUCGCGAAUAGUUUAGCGUCGAGAGCGUCGAAUAUCAAAUUUCAUAUUUCUUUUUGUUUGCGUUUGCAUUUGCGUUAUCGCCCAAAUUGACGACGGUGACAGUGACAGUGACAGUGCCAUGAAGCCGUAGUGUAAGCUUCACAUAAAAAAUAAAAGAAAAAAAACCCCAAACCGUAAACGAAAACAAAAACAAAUUAAGCCAAGCAUAAAAACCAGAGUUGAUUGCAAGCAACAAUAAAUUUUGUAUAGAAAAUGAGUGCCAAAGAUACGGGCCAUGAAAAUGGCGGCUUCAACAACAGCAGCGAGGUGUCCCUGGAUAUACCCACCAAUACGCUAUAUCACACAUCGCGCGACUGCAUCGUGCAGCAGGAGGAGGAACCAAUGAAAUCCAGCGCCUGGUCCGACUGCUGCUCGAACAUAUUUCGCCGCAAGACGCUGGAGAAGCGUUUUCCGAUUCUAGUCUGGCUGCCGCAGUACAAGAAGGACUACAUCUUUGGCGAUCUGGUGGCGGGCAUAUCAGUCGCCCUUACAGUUAUUCCACAGGCCUUGGCCUAUGCCGGCAUUGCUGGUCUGGAUCUGCAGUACGGACUGUACGCCUGUUUCCUUGGCUGCUUCAUUUACAUCUUCAUUGGCUCCAGCAAGGAUGUGCCCGUGGGUCCCACAGCCAUAUCGGCGCUGCUUUCAUUCCAAAUCGCCGGCGGCAGCUGGCAAAUGGCCACGCUGCUGACCUUCCUCACUGGCCUCAUCGAGAUACUCAUGGGCGUCUUUCAGUUGGGCUUUCUCAUCGACUUUGUCUCUGGUCCUGUGGGCGCGGGCUUCACCAGCGCCGUCUCGCUCAUCAUCUUCAGCUCCCAGAUGAAGGAUCUGCUGGGCAUACACACCAGCGGCAAUACCUUUCUCCAGGUCUGGAUCAGCAUCAUCAACGACAUUCACAACAUCAGCUGGCCGGACUUUGUGCUCGGCCUCAUCUGCAUUGUAGUCCUGCUCAGUCUGCGCGCCAUUGCCGGCUGCAGCUUUGGUCCCAAGCAGGGCAAGUCCCGCUGCCAGCAGCUGCUCACGGGCAUCUUCUGGACCGUGGGCACAGCUCGCAAUGCGCUGCUCGUGUGCGGCGCUGCCGCUCUGGGCUACUGGCUGUCCAUUAGCGGCAAUGAGAAUCUUGUCAACACAGUGGGCUAUGUACCCAAAGGACUGCCCGACUUCAGACCACCACCGUUCCACAUGGAUGCUGUGCUCAAUGAGACGAGCGGCGAGAUAUUGCACGAGGGCAAGAGCUUUUGGGAAAUGGCCAGCACCCUGGGCUCUGGUCUCAUCGUGGUGCCGCUCAUAGCUCUGCUAGAAACCAUGACAGUUGUUCAGGCAUUCGCCGAUGGCAAACCUACGGAUGCUACACAGGAGCUGAUUGCUUCGGGUAUUUGCAAUGUGGCCAACUCCUUUGUGCAGGGACUGCGCAGCAAUGGAGGCGUGGCACGUGGCGCGAUACUGAACGCCAGCGGUGUACGCACCCAGCUCUCCAAUUUGUAUACCGGCGUCAUUGUAAUCGUGGCACUCCUCUACCUCACGCCCUGCUUCAACUACAUACCAAAGGCGGCCCUGGCAGCGAUCAUCAUAGCCGCUGUGGUAUUCAUGGUGCAAUAUCGCGUCAUCAAGCCCAUGUGGCACAGCAAGAAAACGGAUUUGAUACCCGGUCUGAGCGCAUUCUUUGCGUGUCUGGUGAUGCCGCUGCAGUUGGGCAUACUGGUGGGCAUUGGCAUCAACGUCAUCUUCAUAUUGUACCAGGCGGCGCGUCCCAAGCUCAGCAUUGAAACGCUUACGACUAGCAGUGGUCUGCGCUAUUUGAUGCUCACUCCCGAUCGUUGCCUCAUCUUUCCCUCAAUGGAGUUUGUGCGCAAGGUGAUUAACAAGCAGGGUGUGAAGUCCACGCUGCCCGUGGUAAUCGACUGUACGCAUAUUUAUGGCGCUGACUUUACCGCUGCCAAGGUUAUAUCCACAAUGAUUGCGGACUUUGCGCAGCGCCAGCAGCCCUUGUUGUUCUACAAUCUGCAGCCGCGUGUGGCGCAGGUGCUGAGCGGCCUGAACAAAGAUCUGGUGGCCAUUUACGAUAUUGGCACGCUGCAUGACAAGCUGGGCGAGAAGACGACGGCCUAACCUCGUGCCUAACACGCUAUAUAGAUUUAUAUAUAUUUAAGUCAUUGUAUUUAUUGAGAGAUGCUGCUUAAUUCUCUAGCGAGGCCAGCGAGUUGUUUUCGCUUGGCUUUUAGACAGACGAAGCCCACGCAAUACUAGGUCAGCAAUGUUACCAACUGUCUAGCCAAAUAGUCAAAUAUUUUCCGUAAAUUUAAUUAGCAUUUAAGCUUAAGCAAUCCUCCUGCAUUAUUUAUUCGCUGAUGAAUUUAAGUUUGGCAAAAUGAAGUGUGAAACUCCAAAUUUCACGCCCCAUUGCGAUGAUGAUUGCUCUGCAUAGUAUUAUUUUGAACGUGAAUCACCGAGUAUUAGCAUUAGUACUUAAAUAAAAGCACAAAUAUUUUUAGAAACUUAUUUAUUGGCCCUCUAUAAUGUAUUUUGCAACGUCAGGCUUUGAGCAAAUAUUUUUAUUGCAUUUCUAACGCCAUAUAAAGCCGCUAAUCAAAUACCCCGAGAUUUAAUGGCAUUCGGUUAAUCGCUGACAGUUGAUCGGUUCAAUUCACGUAAGACUAAAUCAGUUCCCGAUUAGAUUUUUGGUAACACGCUCAUAAUAAAUAAUUUGCAAUUCAAUUGAUUCCGUCAGCGGUAACGCUUCGGCUUAUUAAUUAGCUGCCAUGAACUUGUCAAACCUGCUGCGAUUGAU